GUGUGGAGGGAAGUUUGGCCUUAAUUGUGGUAACUAGUAGGGACGCGUCUUCUUUUGUGUUGAAAUUGCAUUCUAAUUGCCGGCAAAUUCUUUCUAUUGUGUCGCAAAAGGUGCGAAGUGAGUCAGCGGUGUCCUUUGUUGGUGGUAAUUGAAGAAGCUCUGAUUGGAGGGCCUCUCUAAGGUUCCGGGUACUACCAUAUCUUCCUUUUAAACAUUCAACUAUAAUCGGGUAAUUUUCGGCAAUUCUCGGGUAUCCUUGAAUGGUUGAUUCGGCUGAUCCCUGGAGUGAGUUACAUAAGUGGUGGAUUUUUAGCGCGUCUGGUAUGUUCGGAUUAUUAUGGAUGGCCAAUUCGAAGCAUUGCCAAAAACUGGUCCAUUUUUCGGGUUCCCCAGAAAAUUUCGGAAUUUCCAUAGGUGCGAUUUUGAAUGAGUCGUACGCCGGAUUUCGCGGUAAAUCCUGUCGGUAGGUCCGAUGGGAAGUAUGCGAGUGUCGGGAUUGAAUGGAGGCGCUCCGUGAUCUGUUCCUUGACUGGAGAUUGCCGGAAGUGCUCUCUCGCUCGGCUAUUUCAUCGAUUGUGUCGAUGAGAGCCCGGGCGUCGGCGACCCAUUCAGUAAAGUGCCGGUAAUCUUCUAGUAGGGGGUCAUUUGGGCCCGGACGUUGAAAGCUCUCAUAUAUUCUUUCCUCCUCGGGUAGGUUAUCCGGAUCAAUUUUUUUCAUAAAUUCUGCCCACUCCCGGUUUAAAUUUUCUAUCCUUACGGUAUUACUUGCCAACUGCUUGCGAAGUUUGUGUAGUAGUUGGAGUUGCUGUUCUUCUAACACCUCUUGUUGGGCGGUGAUGAUGUUG